AUGGUUUCAAUCGAUAAAUUAUCUAGAGAAGAGCUCACCACGAUAAUUUCCCAAGAAUUGCACAUCGACGUCGCUUUCCCUUGUUUUUCCGUCGAAGAACAGGCCGGUGCUACCGCUUGUUGUGUGGUUCAUAAGCAUUGGCUUGCCACCCUGAGGCAAUCAAAAUUUCGUGAAACCACCAAAAUUAAAAGAUAUCCCACCACUCGUUCUCCUUUAAACACCAACAAUAAUAAUCCCGAUCAAACCAACGACUAUCGUCAAGCUCCAACGACAAAUGUGCUGGUCAGUGUAUUUUUAAAGCGAAAGUUAACCGAUAACGCAAGAAAGCCACUGUUAUAUGCCCGAAAACCCCAUGAAAACAUUAACCCGUCAAGAAAACUUCAAAGUAGAUUCGAUUACCCGUUAAGAUAUUUCCUCAAGGAACAACACGAGGGAAAGCCGAUAUUAGAUUUGGUCGAGAUCGAGGCACAAUACGAAAACUACGUUCCAAUUAUCUUUGACAAAGACUUUCAGAAUGCCAGAGGAUUAACGGAUUUGGAACUGCAAUUGGUCAGGCAGAAGGCAUUUGUGGAAAAAUUCAUAGAAAUGCUGUAUCCGGAAUGUGCAUACUUCAAAAUAUUGCCACAACAGGAAAAUGAUGUUUUAUCCGUGGAAUUACAUUCUCAGCCGGACUGGUCCUCAGAUAUGCCAAUAACAACGAGUCCCAACCUUAUUGAUGUGUUUGCAGUUCUGGAGUCUGAUAGAGCCUACUAUUUCAUAGCUCCUUAUCGGGGGACCACGUUGCAAGAUUUGCUAAAAUAUAGUUCCGGCGUAUUGAAUUCCAAUGUAAAGAAAUCUUUUAUACUAUAUCAGUUAUUGAGAACUGUGCAGAAUUUGCAUAAGAGAGGAGUAAUUCAUGGAGGCCUCAAGACUUCUAAUAUACUUGUUGACGAAAACUUGUGGAUUACUCUUACUGGAUUUGAGUGUUCCGUUCCUACCACUGUUGGAGGGUCAGAUCAAGUUUCACAAUCGGCCAACGACUUUGUGAUGGAAAAUAUUCCAAGAAAAAUCAAGGAAGAUUCACUUACGAUGAAGUGGGUACAUGGGGAUAUUUCGAAUUUUGACUAUAUAAUGGCUCUAAAUAAUCUGGCGGGUCGCCGAAUUGGUGAUCCAAACUUUCACCCGAUUUUCCCCUGGAUUACAGAUUUCACCGGUUCAUCGGUAUCUGAAAAUUGGCGGGAUGAACAAUUGGAUUUCACAUUUGACGGACCAGUUCCUCAUCAUAUAACUGAUAUAUUAUCGGAUAUUACGUACUACGUGUACCUCGCCCGGAAGACUCCGAUACCAGUACUUUGUCAGUAUGUGAGAACUAAAUAUGAACCAAACGAAUAUCCUUCGUCAUUACAAAGACUAUUUGAAUGGACACCUGAUGAGUGUAUCCCGGAAUUUUAUACAGAUCCAAGCAUCUUCACAUCGAUACAUCCGGACAUGCCGGAUUUGCAACUACCGUCGUGGGCACCGACAGCAAAUGAUUUUAUUCGUCUACAUGCCGAAGCCUUAGAAAGCGAUUAUGUGUCAAAGAAUUUACAUUUGUGGAUAGAUCUUACUUUUGGAUGUAGACUAAGUGGUGAUGAUGCGGUCGAAGCAAAAAAUGUUGCCUUGCCCCUUCUGGACGGUCAAAAUUCCUUCAUGAAGCAUGGAAUCACGCAGUUAUUUUCCGAUCCGCAUCCUCAGAAAAUAGUAAAUUCGGCUCAUGAAAGUGUUUCGGUGACAAAUAACGACAGCAAAUCAUUACUUGAAAAAUAUGAAUCAAUCUCAUGCAAGAAACGGAUACCUUCGAAGCUUUUAGAAACCAACAAGAUGACUUUGCAACAAAUAACCGAGAUUUCUAAUGAACUAUUGGUUGGAUCCGAAAAAACGGUGGGGAAGUAUCAGACCAUAUCUAGUUGCUCAUCACCAAGGCUAUCUUUGGCGUUGCAUGAAAUUAUUAACGCAGAUGAGAAAGAAGCAUCUUCGGCGACAUUAGAUCCCAAGGACCCUAAUGUUCGCAUUGAAGCUUGGUCAAAUUUGAUGAACUCUCUGCCAAUUUACUUUUCGGAUGAGAUCUCUGAGGAUUAUUUCACAAAUAGCCUAGAUAACUUUGAGCGAGCUCAUGUUUUUUCCGCGAAAUAUCCUCCUCACAAAUUUAUGAGCGCAGAGUAUGAACAAUCGGGUGAUCAGGAUGGGAGUAAUUAUCAUCAACGUCGAGAUUCCACCAAGGUCAGCCCCGUGGAAAACACUUUCGCAUAUGGAAAAGCAUGGGACACCUAUUGUCUCGGAAAGAUAAUCAAGGUCAUAUAUUCCGAUUUGACGGAUGAUACUAUGUUGUCCCUUUUUUCCACAAAUCAAGAAACGGAUCAGAUGGUUGACAAUCGUAAGUUACCACUUUCCGUUCAAGGAGUAGUGUCUGCCUUAUUGAAUCCGGAUUGGACGAAACGUCCUUCCAUUGAUGCACUGAUAUACACUUCUGUUCCCGUAAUGAGUUUGCAUGAUACUGGCAUGACACUUCCCCUUCCAGAAUGUAUUCCGGAAGUUUACGAAUUCUUGACCGAUUUUCAUCAAGUUGAUUGGAUUGGUAGACUAAAACUUGCGGAACACUGGAUGAGCAAAUUAUGUAAACUUAUCGACGAAGCAUUUUUUAUGAUUUUACCAAGUCUAGUGCUUCUUUUUACUCAAGAUACUAUCAAAAUAGAAGCAUUAAAUAUAUUUUCAAAGCUUGGUCAAAGGCUAGGCCAGGAUGAAACAAAGAAUCACCUUUUGAAGCCUAUUGUCUCGCUGUUUGAGUCAUCACGCCCAUCAAUACCUCAAAGGUUAUUUGAUAAUGCAGUCAUUACAAGUUUUGUUCACAGAUUCGGCGUGACCAAUUUCUUACAGCAAUUGUUCCCCCUUUACCUGGAGGCACUCACGAUAGAGGAUAGUAUUGUGCCAAUGACAUUUGAUGAUGGUAUUUUUAUGGAUCCAAAAUUAAAAUGCAUGACCGAUCACGAGAUUGUCUCUAGCCCAACAACUACCACAAACAAUUCUUCAUAUAGCCUAGACAAUGCCUUGCCAUCUGUGGCGCAACUGGCAAAUUCCGCUCUCGUCACCAUAUGCACACUCAUAGGACCAAUAUUAGCUUCUAAGCACAUAAUGAAGCAAUUAUACAAGAUGCUGCUCAAAGAGAGUACAACAUUACCAUUUUUGAUGCAAUCGAUCCUUGCUAUAGGAAAUCGCUUUGGUGAAACAUUCACUCAUUUACAAUUUGCCCAAGUGAUCGCUGUAAUACAGCAAUAUAGUACAUUGACCAUGAACAAAAAGAAUUACUCUAUAUUGUGCAAUCACCUGUUUUUAUUGGAGAAGCUCACCACUUUGAUGCCAAGCGGCAAGGUUCUCUCAGAAAUAGACUCUUUAUUUUCCGAAACGUUGAUAAAAUUGCUUGUGCAAUUCAACAACGAUGAUAACUCAUCAUUAGAGAAGAAAGGCCCCCUUACAGGCUCAGCAAUACAGAUAAUAAAGAACAGGUUUUCUGUAAGUGUUAAAACUGUAGAGCUCUUAUUGCAUGUCUGUAACAAUGCGGCCAAAUCUGAUUGGGAAAAGCAUAUAGCACCAAUAUUACAAAAAUAUUUUGAAUCUUAUGGGAAGUCUUUGGAGAAUUUGGGCAUGGAAGAAAGCGAACGGCUUAAAUUGGAGCAAGACAGGAAUCAACAGAUUAUAUAUGCAUACUCGCAAUUUUGUAUUCUGUUUGACCCAGAAAGUGUGCGACAGACCAUCCCCGAGAGUUGCAGGGAAGCCAUAGAACUUGCGAUGAACGGUUCGGCAAUUUCAGGCGAAUUAUCGUCGUCUGUUCCCGCCCGGCCACCAUCUCUUUCGUGCUCGCCAGAUAAUCAUGUGUCUAGCGAUCGUGUUAGUGUAAAAUCAAUGACAUCAUAUAGUAGUGAAACUAAAGCUUCUAGUGCACCCAACACGGCAAAAUUUAGUGUAAACUUCGAGGACAAAAAGCAUUUGACGCUUGGCUCUAAAGAUGUUGCUUCAAUUAUAUCUAUGACCACCACCACUUCUUCGAGCCUUAGCGUGAACCGUGCGUUCUCUUCAUUUUCGAGUGAAGGUGCGAGCAAGAAAUUGGCUGGCAUCAAUCACCAAACUGUAACGGGCGUAUCAUCACGGAGUUCGACUAUGUCCCCGGUGAAGAGUCUCCCUUCAAAUUCAGGAUCUAAAAAGACAAAAUUGGGUAUAUUGUCUUGGAGAACCAAAAGCCAGUUUAAAGAAGGUGAAGAUUUAAAAAACUGGAAUCGAUUCUUAUCCACAAAUUCAGAGGAGAUGAUGAAUGCUUUGCAAUUUACCUUUAAUGAUUUGAAGCUACGAACAUUUUCGGGGCAUACAUCUGCAAUUCGUUCCUUGGAUAUAAGCGAACACAAUCGAUAUAUAGUUUCGGGGUCAAAAGAUCGGACAGUCAAAUUAUGGUCGUUAGAUAUCCAUUCGGGCAUAGAAAAUCUGAAUAGCGAACCAUUCUCUGAAUACCUAAUUUCUUAUGGUGAGCACAAAAAACCAACAAUCAACGACGUACACUUUAUCAGCGGUGGUAUCAGUUGGGGUCUGGGAGAUGCCGUCGCUAGUAGUGACGGACAAAUCCAUCUCUGGGAUCCGGAGACAGGAAGAACAUUAAAUCAAAUUGCAAGCGCAAAACCAUGUUGUUCGAUGAAACCAAUAUUCAAAUCUCGGUGUCUUGUCGGCGGAAUAAUACGAAUCAUUUGUGUAAAUCCGUCCGAAACUCUGAUAGCCGUUGGAUUUUCUAGCGGUGUGAUAUCACUAUUGGAAUCAAGAACAGGUACCCUGGUUGGAAGCUGGAAAGCCGGUGAUACGGACAUUUCUCAGAUGAAAUUCCACGGAAACAAUUACCUUGUUUCAUACGCCCAAAGCUCGCAUCUAAUUUGCAUAUGGGAUACCGACAGCUUAUCACUUUCCAACACUAUUCGAGUCACGUCGGAAAUAGCUGCUUUGAAUAUGUACAAAGAAGAAGUCAUCACUGUAAAUAACAACAACUCCAUAACUUUCUCACCUUUGAACGAAAACUUCCAACAAAAUACAUUAAAAUUUAAAAGCGCAACAGUUAAAUCACAAAUCACAUGCUUAGGGAUUUUACCCAUAAAUAAACUUAUAUUACUGGGAUGCGCGGAAGGAGACAUGCUCUUAUAUGCUUGA